AUAAUAUUUGUUUUAUAUAAUUUUCAAAGUUGAAAGUUCGAAAGAUGAAAUGUGAAGGGCGGAGAGAGUUAAUUAGGGUCAUGAUAAGAGGCGGUAAAAAGCAAGGGAAAGAGCGUUGGGUGGCCUGUGAAACCCAUAAAUAACAAGAGGUGAAAGAGAGAUGAAACUACAUUAUUAAUCCCACAGGUCAACAGGCUCCUUCCUCAUCCCUCUCUUUCUUUCUCUUUGCCAUCCAUUCCCAAGUCAAAGCCAGCUCUUACAGGGCAAACCGUGCUCCCUGGCCCAUCACAUAAGACAAGACUCACCCCCACAAACCUUUCAUUUCAUACAAAUAAUCUCUUUUCCCAUGCGCUUCUGCCCCUUCAAAGUCGAAUACCCCACUCUUGUCUUAUUCUCUCUGAUCCCAUCAUCAGCUUAAUUAUUUCCAUCGACAUAGUAAACUUCACCUCCAGACCAUUAGGUCAAAAGCUAGCUCGUUGUUCGUACGAUGUAAGUUUUUGUUGUCAUGUUUUAAUGGUAGUUUGUUUCUCAUAUACUUCUGCAAAUUAACGUUGUAUUUACCGGCUGUAACUGCACAAGGUUUUGUCACUGUGAUUCAGCGUCAACUUUUACUCGGGGCUAGCUUGUCUUUACAUACGGGUCGACCUGACUUAGGGUUAUUGCUUAAAGCUGUCAGCCCUAUAUAUAUAGUAAUGGAGAAAGAAGAAAACUACUCGGUACUCAAAUCAUAAUCGUAUCUCCUUCUUGCACUUCACUAUUUCCAUAUCUUUUUUGUUUUAGAAAAAAAAAAUCUUUGAAUUCACUACCAUGUUAUUCUGCUACAAACUUGAUUUCUUCCAGGCAAAUUUUACGGGACUAGAUUAUUCUUUAGACCAUCACAAUCAUGACCCUCAUCAUCAAGAUCAGCUAAUGAAGCAGCCACGGAUUGGGGAAACUUCUGGUGAUAACAAUGGAAUGAUUGAUUAUAUGCUCAAUAAUCCUCAUCAACAACAGCAGCAGAUAUCUUCUUCCGGUUUUUGCGCUACUCCAACUUCUUUUGAUAAACUGAGUUUCGCUGAUGUUAUGCAGUUUGCAGAUUUUGGCCCCAAAUUAGCAUUAAACCAAACAAGGAUCCCUGAAGAAGAAACUGGAAUUGACCCUGCUGGUUACUUCCUCAGGUUUCCUGUUUUAAAUGACAAGUUAGAGGAUCAAUCGUUAAUGCUUCCUCCAUCUGGGAUUGAAAAUGUGGAGGGUAGAGCUGCUGCAGGAUUAAUGGUAGAAGAAAAGGGGAAUAAUAUUGGAGAAGAUGAAGAAGCUAGGGUUUCAGAUAAUGCUUCAGUGCAACUUUGUUUUCUUGGAGAAGAUGCUCAAAACAAAAACCCAAUACCUGAAGCUAAGAACAAGAGGAAGAGACCAAGAACAAUCAAAACAAGUGAAGAAGUUGAGAGCCAGCGGAUGACUCAUAUAGCUGUUGAAAGAAAUCGAAGGAAGCAAAUGAAUGAACAUCUUCGCGUCUUGAGAUCCCUCAUGCCAGGCUCAUACGUUCAAAGGGGAGAUCAAGCCUCAAUCAUUGGUGGAGCCAUAGAGUUUGUGAGAGAAUUAGAGCAACUUCUUCAAUGCCUGGAAUCUCAGAAGAGGAGAAGAUUGUAUGGAGAAGCUUCACGGCAGAUGGGAGACACCUCCUCUAUGGCGAUUCAACAACAGCAACAACAACAACCGUUCUUUCCUCCUACGUCUCUCCCGAAUGAUCAAAUCAAGCUAGUGGACUACGACACCGGACUCCGUGAAGAAACAGCUGAAAAUAAAUCUUGCUUGGCAGAUGUAGAAGUCAAGCUUUUAGGAUUUGAUGCAAUGAUUAAGAUCCUUUGUAGGAGAAGACCAGGCCAACUGGUUAAGACCAUAGCAGCUCUAGAAGAUUUGCAGCUCAAUAUCCUUCAUACCAACAUCACCACCAUUGAACAAACAGUUCUAUAUUCAUUUAAUGUCAAGGUUGCGAGUGAAUCUAGGUUCAGCGCAGAAGAUAUUGCGAGCUCGGUUCAACAAAUAUUCAGCUUCAUUCAUUCAAACUGCAGCAUGUAAUGUGCAAAUCUGGCUAUAGGUUGAGGAAAAAUGAGGGAGCUGUUCUGUCCACUGUCCAGUCAAAGAUACCCUUAUUUGGCUCUUUUCAUUAACCUUUUUCAAUUUAGUUGAUUUGUCAUAGAAACUUACAAUAGUUGUCAGUGAACCCAGAUUGCACUCUUUCUGAGCAAACUUUCUGCGUACUUAUAUUUUCAU